UUUCCAGCGUCUCCCGCGUUUCUCUCUCGACAACGCUCGACUGUCGACAGGGCGAUUCGCGACUCUCUUGGCACUUCCUCGAUGUGAGCUGCACAGAAGUAACGCCUCGCCGUCCGGGUGCCGAGUUGCAGCAGCCAGAGUCGUCAUCAGGUACGCAGAGACCGGAGAGAAAGGCAUUCAGAGUCGGGAAUCUGCGUUCCUUCUGGCUUGCGGAGAAAACAAAGGCAACUGCAGAGAGAGACGACGAGUUCCUGGGGCGCGGCGAUUCCUUUCCGCGAGGAGUCCAGCGGACGUUCACGUCGAGAGGAGCAGUGUGGAAGUUUGCGCAGGCAGAAACGCGCGCGGUCUUCGAGCUUGUGUGUUUUCCUGGUGCUCUGAAAAGAAGAGCGAGAGAGUCGGCGGAGCGUAGCAGAGGCAAACGUCAAUGGCCGAGGGAGCUCCGAUACUUGACGAGCAGCUAUGCAGCGCGUCUCUCUUUCUCCCUCGCGCUCCAGACUUGCUCUGCUCGCCUCUUCCCCCUCUGUUCUCGUUCUUCUGAUCUUGUCGCUUCUCCUCUCGCUGUUCUUCUCGGUCUGCCGCGUAUCUGUCGUCUCCUCCGGCCUCUCGUUUCUCCUCUCUUGUGUCCGUCCGGCGUCCGCUCCGUCGUGUGGACAGGACUCCGACGACGCACCGUUGAGCUGUGUGCCUGGAGACACCGGGCGCAGUUCGUCGUCCUCUUCUGUCCUCGCCUCGCUUCCAGCCUUCUGCUUUGCGGCGGCCAUUCUCCUCUUCCUCUCUCGCCUUGCGACAUGGACCUACAAGCGCGUAUCGCUUAAAAAACGAAGAGAGCCAAGAGGACGGCUGCAGAGGACGCCCAGCGAAGAACGGGGAACGAAGAAAACGCAGACGAAAGACGCAAAUGCGCCGCUCGUGACGGUCGUCGUGCUCGGAUCAGGCGGACACACUGGGGAGAUGCUUCGCCUGGUCCAGAGCUUCAAUCCUCGUUUCUUCCGCAUCCACUUCCUCGUGACGGACUCGGACUCGACCAGUCUGCAGCAACUCGCCGCCGCCCACUGGCGUUCCUUCCAGGACGCAAAGACUGUCGAGACGAAGGAACUCGAUGAAGAGACGAAGAAGGCGCAAGAAGCAGUGCAGGGGGAGUUGGCGGAAGCAGAGUUAACGGCCUUGGUUCGACAGCGAGGAUUUUGUUUUCAUCGAUUUCCGAGGAGUCGCGAAGUCGGCCAGUCCGUAGUCUCUUCUUUCUUCUCUUCUGUGCGCGCCCUCCUGGCCUCUCUCCGUCUUGUCUGGCGGUUGAACCCCCAGCUGGUGCUUGUGAACGGACCAGGGUCGUGCGUUCCUGUCGCCGUUGCUGCGUUGCUGCGCGAGUUCCUCUUGGGCAGGCGCAUUCGCCUGAUUUACGUCGAGAGCGUGUGCCGCGUGGACUCUCUGUCUCUCUCUGGGCGUCUCCUGUAUCCCUUUGCGGACCGGUUUCUCGUUCAGUGGUCAGGCCUCGCUGAGAAGUUCCCCAAGUCUGAAUACGUAGGACGUUUCUUCUGA